AUGAUUGCAUCAAUAAUAUUAGCAUCGAUGGGUUCAGACAAAGAUGGAUCACCAAGAGUUAGACAAAACAUCUCAACCAAAGAUCAAAACACUGGAAUCAUGAUUACAAAUGUAUGGGUUGGAUUACGUGCACUGGAGGGUUGGUGGAGCUGGAAUCAUUGGUCAAUCAUUUUGAGUCUCAGCAAUGGACAGUACGCCUGCAUUCAAAAGAAUACCGAUGACACUGUAGCUUGCAAGAUUGAAAAUUCAAUGGAAGCUGCCUGCAAACAAACUUGGGGAAAGGUUGGUAAAAAGGUCCGUACCUCUGACUAUGGAUCACCAUGUUGUCCACGUUCAUGGGAUUCUUAUUUCAAGGACCUUCCAGGAAACGAUGACUACACUUUUAUCGUCAAUGAUUGUCAAAACUUUGCAAGACAACAAGUGGAAGAUCUUACCGACAAGGUUGUUGGUGUAUUUCCAAUUGAAGAUGGUCCAACUUUUACUUUUUAA